AUGAGUGAUGACAAUAUAGAACCGUGCAGUAUUCCAUUACUGCGUGAUAAUGUCGAAGAUUUAGACAGUUAUGAUGACGUCAUGAAUAGUACAGAAAGAGAGGAAAGAGUAUUUUUGAAAGAAAAUGAAGGAAAUAGAGAAAAAAAGAGACAGUUAGAAAAUAGUGAGGAGAGCGAGACAGGGGAUGCUGAAGAAGGAUGGACCAAGGUUCGAGGAAAAGGGAAGAGAACAUGUCUUCGAAGUGAGAUUGACGUGAAUGUGAGCAAUCAUAAUUUUGAAAUAUAUAUCUCCUCUAAAGAUAAGUUGCCCAAACAAUUCGCCCUAGCAAGAACUUUUCAACAGCUCAAUAUCACUAGCAUCAAUCACGUUAAAUACAUAACACCCUAUAAAGUGCGGUUGCAUCUGGAGAACGAGGAGACUAUGAAAAAUAUUUUGGAAUGCGAAGAGUUAAUUCGUAAAGGUUGGAGAAUAUAUAAAGCUAUGGAAGUGUCAUAUUGUUAUGGUGUUAUUAGAGAUGUUGACCUUGAUUUGAGUGAAGAAGAAAUUUUGAAUAAUAUAUCUUGUCCUUUUUCUAUUGAAAUCCUAUCACUUAAGCGACUUAAUAGAAAGGCUUUAAAUGUUUACGCAUCGACUUUUACACCACAAAAACCUAUCGAACGAGAAGUGAGUAUUCAACCAACCACAUCUUAUGAGAAUAAGAAUCCUUUGGGCUUUAACCAGGGCUCACCUACUUUUGCAGAAAUAGUUAAAACAUCGGUGGAAAUUCAUGACAUACAAAAAAAGAGUGAACAGAAUAAAAGUUCACAUAAUUUCAUUGAGCACCGAAGACCACGUAUGAAACGGACACAAAGGGAACAAAAGGAAAACCAAAACACCACAAGUCAGUCGGAUUACGAAUUUAUAUAUGCAGAGGUUGAGAGUCAAAAGGAAGAGAAUGUAAGCGAGGAUCUGAAAUAUGAGGGCAAAUUAACUUUUAAGGAAUUAAGUAUUAGCAAUAGGAACAUUAUUCAAUGGAAUGCGCAAAGUAUUAGACCUAAGUUGAGUUCAUUUGUUGAGGUGUUAAAUGAGGAAAAGAUUCAUGUUGCUGUUUUAAGUGAAACUUGGCUUAAACCUGACAUUUAUUUAAAUAUACGUGGGUAUAAUACUUACCGGCUAGAUAGGCAAGAUGGAUUUGGUGGUGUUGCUAUUUGUGUACACAAAUCUGUGCAUUCUUCACUACAACGUGUGCGGAUAGACAAUAGCGGUAUGGAAAUUUUAUGUGUAAACUUAAGUAAUUUCAGUCCUAUAGAUUAUAUUUUAUCAGUGUACUGUCCUCCCUCUUUGAUUAUAAGUAAAAGUGAUUGGGAUAGGCUUCUAUCUUUGUAUACUAAAAAAACACUAAUAUUAGGAGACUUCAAUGCGCAUCAUAGUAAUUGGUCGAAUAAGAUAGAUUAUAAGGGAUCACUUAUGUUUGAUGCUUUAGUCGAUAGUAACUUUAUAACUUUAAAUAAUGGUGAGGCUACUAGGAUGCGCUUAGUCAAUGGGAGGCUUCAACAAUCCUCACCUGAUAUUACCUUAGUUUCUUCAGAUAUUGCUUUACAAUUCAACUGGAGGGUGAUAAAUGAAACAUUGGGGAGUGACCACUUAAUGGUGAAGGUUUCUUGUAUUUCGAAUUCUUUAAUUAACCCUAUAGUAAAGCGAAACUUUCGCAAAGCCAAGUGGACUUCAUAUAAAAAUGACACAGAGAAAUUGUUCACUGAUCUCAUUUUACCUGUAGAUCUUCAAAAAGGUUAUGAUUUAUUUAUCUCUAAAAUAAACGAGGCUGCUGCCAAAAAUAUACCUCUAGUUAAGUAUAAUCAGAACCCGGAAUCUAAGUUUACCCCUAGAUCUUUUUGGACAAAGGAAUUAUCCCAUGAAGUAGCUCAGCGUAGACUUGCCCUUGCAAUAUUUCGACGGAAUCCCAGCCCGAAUAAUUACAUAAAACUUAAAAAACACAUAAGUGUUGCGCAGCGAGAUAUUCGUUAUGCUAGGAACAAAGAUUUCCAGAAUUCAUGGUCUUCGGUGGAUGAAUCAACAACUUCUAAUGAAAUGUGGCAUAAAAUGUCCUGGAUGAAAGGUUUUAGAAAGUCUAAGCGUCAUAUAAAUGAUAUAGAAGCUGAAAAACUGCUUCGUUCGUUAGCCCCUGAUUACGUUUCCCCACCUUGUCCCGAUAUUCGAAGUACAAAUAUUACAAUUGAAUGCCCAAUUUCAAUUCAGGAUGCAGUACAACUUUUCAAUUGGCAUAAAGUUGCGCGUGCCGAGGGUUUGAUCAAGUUAUUACCAGGUUGCGGCUUCAACUACUCCGUCAGAAUUAUAGACAUGGUCUGUUUCGAACAGUCUUAUGUUAGAACUAUACAUAGAAAUUCCUACCUUAUGGCAUUCGUGUACAAGAUCCUAAAGCACCCAACUAUCAGUGCUCAACUCCUU